UCAUAAUUCGUCGUGAUCGACUGGUCACCGCCCGCGCCGGUGACCCGUUUAAAAUAUUAUAGCGAUUUCAACUAUUUCGAGAAUUAAAAACAUUUUUUUGGUACUCGUAAGUCGAAUUCAAUAAAUACGAGCAACGAUUUGUAAGCGCGUCCCGAUAUCUGAUUUGUCGGACGCACAGAUACAUAGAUGGCAUUACCCAGAGUGUUAUUGGUGAUUCCACUGUUUGCCGCUUCCAUUCUUGGGUUGUACGUUCUCAUCCAAAACGCUCCACCAACCGAUAACCAAUGCCACAUUAAAAUGGCGAUUCCUAAGAGCAUGGCUGAACUUACAGAACUCAAUUUGUGUCUUAGAAAGCAUUAUGAUAACAACUACCUUUAUAUGCUUACAUUGUUCAGUACUGUUUACAUUAUCAAACAGGCCUUUUGCAUACCAGGCUCUGUCAUACUGAAUUUAAUUGCGGGUUCAUUGUUUGGCUCUGGUCUCGGGCUUCUAUUGGUAUGUACGCUAUCCAGUUUAGGUGUCUCAGCAUGUUACCUCUUGUCUAAAGUUUGUGGUAUCGAGGCAUUCCUGAUGAACUAUUUUCCCAGCACGUUAAGUUCGUCAAAAAAUACUGUGGAAAAUCUGGUGCAAAACAACAAACAUCAACUUUGGUACUUGCUGCUUGUCUUGCGCAUCAUUCCAGUCACUCCUAACUGGCUGUUAAAUCUACUCGCACCAGUGUUCGGCAUUCCCCUAUGGACCUUUAUGUAUACUACAUUUCUUGGACUAAUGCCAUACAAUUACAUAUGUUGCCAGAGUGGCGAAACAUUGUCAAGUAUUAAUUCAUUGGAAGAAAUAUUUACAUUAAAAACUACACUACAGUUAACAUCCAUAGCCGUGGCUAUGGUGAUUGUAAAAAUUGCUUCAAAGUUCUGCAAAAUAAAUACCUAAUUGUUA